AUGGCUGAACUGAGAUGCGUCCAGCUUUCAACGGAGAAGGUUACCAGCUCCGUCUACAUCCUGGGCACCGAACUCUGCCUGGAUAUCCAUGGGGCAGCCCCGAGGACUGCGACCUCCUUCGAGAUCUGGGCCUCCCAAGGCCUGAACAUCUACAAAAUCAAAGGUCAGAUGACAAAAUCGAAGGUCUGCUGCCAUGACUCAAAAUGGCUGCUGGACAAGAGCGUGAAGUUCAGGGCCACCAUGGAUGCGCCAAGCAACCAAGUCGAUGACGAAAAGAUCAGAGUUUUGUACUAUGAAGGUAAAGGCAAUGUCCCCAUCGCCAAAGCGAUUCUGCAUAUUACCGGCAUAGAAAUGUCCUUGGAUGCUGAUACAAACCGUUCGGGAACGGUGACGAAAGGAGGGAAACAAAAGGACCAGUGGACGUGGGGGCCGGAUGGAAAGGGCGCCAUUCUCUUGGUGAACUGUGACCGAGACAACCCUAAAGACGAAAAGGAAGACAACAAGGAUAUCAAGCUGACAUCCAAGGAAGACCUGCAGGAUAUGUCCCGUAUGAUCCUGACAACUCAGGGACCUAAUGAAGUUUUUGCAAACUACCAGCUGACUCUCCACAUCUCGAAAGCUGAUUGUGACAAAGUGGGGGUCUUCUACUCUAAAAGUAAGAAGGAGAAAAAAUAUUACAAACAUGUUCUAGGAUCCGAAAAGAUCUCUUACCACGUGAAACGGAAGCCUUGUCAAGUGGAGAGCGUUUUCUACGUGGAAGGGCUGAAAUUUCCAGACAUUGACUUCUCGGGGCUUGUCACUUUCCACGCUUCACUCCUGGAGCCCGUCAAGAAGGAGGUCCUGCAAACUUCCAUUUUCACGGAUACUUUGGUCUUCCGGGUGGCUCCAUGGAUUAUGACCCCAAACACCUUGCAGCCAAUUACGGUUUACGUCUGCAGUGUCGAGGGUAAUAAGGAGUUUGUGGAACAUAUAAAAAAGCUUGCCACAAAAGCUGGAUGCAAAUUUAUCAUCAGCCCGGAAGAGAAAAAUAGGGGCGACCGAUGGAUCCAGGACGAGAUGGAGUUUGGCUACGUCCAGGCUCCCCACAAAACAUUUCCGGUGGUCUUUGACUCCCCAAGGAACAGAGAGCUGGAUUACUUCCCCUUUAAGAAGGUUUUGGGUCCAGAUUUUGGGUAUGUAAAACGGGAACUAUCCUCCAACGCGUCUCCUAGUAGCCUGGACUCCUUUGGGAAUCUUGAAGUCAGUCCUCCGGUGAACGCCAAAAGCAAGGAAUAUCCCCUUGGGCGUAUCCUAAUAGGAUCCUCUUUUCCUAGCUCCAAGAAUGCCCCAAUGUCCAAACUGGUCAAGGAUUUCCUCCACAGCCAAGUUGUACAAUCUCCCAUUGAACUCUACACGGAUUGGCUCAAUGUGGGACAUGUAGAUGAAUUCCUCAGCUUCGUACCUGCCCCAGACCGCAAGGGUUUCCGCCUGCUGCUGGCCAGCCCGAGCGCCUGCUUCAAACUGCUGAAAGAGAAGGUGGAGGAAGGCCAUGGGGAAGCCAAAAUGCCUGGAGGAAUUGAAUUUCAGAAAGGUGAUCGGCAGCCCCGUCCCAUAUCAGAAAUCCUUGCUGACGGAUUCAUAAGAAAGUGGAACGACCACUGCCAAAGGUGUAUCAAUUGGAACAAAGGCAUCCUUAAAGAGGAGCUGGGCCUGGAAGAGGAAGACAUCAUCGAGAUACCUCAGCUGUUCCAUCCUUAUCUCGCUUUGUUGGAGAAUUCCAUUACUCUAGAGGUCAACGCUUCUGCUGAGGCUUAUUUCCCAGACAUGGUUAAUAUGAUUGUCCUGGGGAAACAUCUGGGCAUCCCAAAGCCGUUUGGACCCAUCAUCGAUGGCCAAUGCUGCUUGGAGAAAGAGGUCCGCCGUCUCCUGGAGCCCUUAGGCUUGUCCUGCAAUUUCGUUGACGACUACGGAACUUACUACCUCAACUUAGGAGAUGUUCAUUGUGGCACAAAUGUCCGUCGGAAGCCCUUUUCCUUCCAGUGGUGGAACAUGAGGCCUUGA